AUGGCUCCGGGGCGUAAAAGGGGAGCGAAUAAGAAGAAACUUCAGUUGCGUUUGGGUGAUCUUGUUCUUGCUAAAGUCAAGGGUUACCCUUCUUGGCCUGCCAAGAUUAGCCGGCCUGAAGAUUGGGAGCGAGUCCCUGAUGCUAAGAAAGUGUUUGUUUAUUUCUUUGGAACUCAAGAGAUUGCAUUUGUUGCCCCUUCCGAUAUUCAGGUAUUCACAAAUGAAGUGAAGAAUAAAUUGUCAGCUCGGUGUCAGAGUAAGAAAGAUAAGUUCUUUUCCCAAGCUGUGAAGGAAAUCUGUGCAGCUUUUGAAGAGUUGCAGAAGGGAAAGUUAAGGGGAAUGGGAGAUAAUACUGAUAGAUCAGCACUAGGAUCUGAGGCUCAAUCUGUUGACUCAAUGGAAGAGGAUGAGGCAGAGGAUGACUUAAAUGAUGGGAUGGAUAAAGUUGGACAAAGUGGAGAAGUGUGGGAUUCAGGACGUGAAUUUAGUUCUAAGUUAGAGCAUUGCUCCAGUAGACGAGGUGAAGCAGGCUCUGGAGAUAUAAAGCCUUCUGUAUUAUGUGAUGCAGAUGACAGUUCAUCCCCAGGUAUAUCUUCUGAAAAGAAGUUUAAAAUGUCUGAUGGUGCACAACCACAAGAGGUAUUAUCUGCUUCUAGUUUGGUUAAUCUUUCCCGUGUAAAGGAUGAAGCCUCUUGUAAUGGAAAUCUGGAUGUUAAUUGCAUGAAGAACCUGGGUAAAGGUGAGGAGGCAUGGACAACUCAUGAGGAGCAAGUGAAAGGCGGAGAAAAAGGCAAGCUUGCUAGUGGCAGCAUAAGAGAUUUCCCCUCAGGUCCUCCUAAAUCAGAUUCAGACGCCAAUGGUGGUAGAAAAGCAAAGGAACUGUCAAAAGCCAAAAAGAGUAAUAUGGUGUCUGAUGAUAUACCUGAAAAUAAGGUCUUUCAAAAGAAAAGGCGUGCCCAACCUGAACAUGGAAAAUCUGAGCUUGCAAUGACUGAAACUGCAAGUCCUGCUAAGAAAUCAAAGCUUGUAGACAUGGCAGAUGAUGUUACCAAGGGACCUCUCUCAGAAAACAUAAGUGUUUCACCAAGCUCGAAUGUUGUUGAUGACAAAGCAAGUGGUAAAGUUAAAUCUGAUGCUUUUGCCCAUAUGGGUAAAAUGAAAUCUAAUUUUUCUUCUCAAUCCGGUAAGGAUAAAUCUGGUAGUUCUGCCAAGACGAGUAAAGUUGAUAUUGAUGCAUCUGCCCAAACAGUUAAAGUCAAAUGUGAUGCUCCUGCACAAUGGGGUGACACUAACACUGAUGUAUCUGCUCAAAUAAGUAAAGUUAAACUUGAUGUGUCUGCCGAAAUUGGUAAAGGUAAACCUGAUGCUCCUGAUUCAAUCAGUAAAGUUAAACCCAAUGUUUCAAAUGAUGAAGCCGUGCUGCCUGUAUUAAAACGUCGUAAACGGGCAAUGGAGGCGAUGUGUGAUGCUGCUUCUCUCAAUUCCGAUGACAGAAUGGAGAAAAAUGCUCUUGAGCUAAAGAGUGAUUUGGCUUCUAUUAAUGCGAAAGCUUCUGUUUCCCAACAGCCCAAAAAGCGAAGAGCUGUUUGCCUUUAUGAUGAUGAUGAUGAAGAUGAGGAACCCAAAACUCCUGUUCAUGGAGGGGCUGGCAAAAAUGUCGGAGCACAUGUGUCUGUUUCAGAUACUUCCAAGAGAACUAAUGAGCGCAUUGAAAGUUCUGUUAAUCAACAUCACAGAAGUUCUAUUAAGGCUCAGAGAAUUAUCAGGGACUUUACUGGAUUAGAGAAUAGCCAUUCCAAGGAAUCAUCUUCGCUGGCACAGAACAAUCCUCUUUCGCCUAGUUGUCCAAAAACUAUGAAGAGGAAUGAUACUCAUGUCUCUCCAAGUCCUCACAAAUCGGAGCCUGAGCAGUUACUGACCAAGGAGGCCAAACCAAUCAUAACUAACCCAAAGAGGUCUCCUCAUCUGCUUCCUGCAACCAAACCAGCCGUGGAACAGCAUAAAGCUACCAAGCCCUCUGUUAAAGUCGCCACUCCUGCCCCUCAAAAAAGGGCCCAGGCUGGACCUGGCAAGGUUUCAGGUCCUGUUUUGGAUAGUUCAUAUGCUUCUCAAAAUCAUGUGCCAAGUCAAAAAAAGAACAUUUUCUUGCCUAAUUACAGACUGGAAGCUGGUAUGGAUGAUAGAAGCAGCUUUUUGGUUGAUUCUAAGACUCCAGAUUCUGUUACAUCUAUGAAACAUCUCAUUGCUGCUGCUCAAGCAAAAAGGAGACAAGCUCACUCGCAACCCUUUCCUCUUGGAAACCCUGCUUUUAUAGCUCUCAAUGAUGCUCAGGGUAGGAGCCCGAGCUCCUCGCCAAGCCAACUUUUUUUAUCUGGUACUAGCAUUGCUGCACAGGCAGAUAUGCAGGGCUUCUAUCCUCGCACAAAUUUAGUUUCUCCAUCUACACAUGGUCACCAGUCAGCAUCACACAGCCAAGUGGAAGCUGAAGAAAUUGAGGAGCGAAGAGUUAGUUCAGGACACAGAGCUGCUGGAGGUUCACUGAGUGGUGGUACUGAGGCAGCUGUGGCCCGCGAUUCUUUUGAAGGGAUGAUAGAGACUUUAUCAAGGACAAAAGAAAGUAUUGGACGUGCAACUCGCCUUGCCAUUGAUUGUGCCAAGUAUGGCAUUGCAAAUGAGCUCUUGGAAAAGGAAGAGUUGGUUAUUAAUGAGCUCCAUGGUUCCUGCUCUUAG